AUGGAGGAGGGAUCCCUUCUCAAUCUCCCACGAAUCCCAACCUCCAACCCUGACUCCACCGACACAUUGGUGGAAGAAGAGAAGGCCAAGUAUGGCAAGCAGUGGGGAAGCGAGCUUGACGAGGAGCACCGACAGUUGGCCAGAAUUGGCCAACCCACAGAAUGGGGUCCAGCCCCAAAAGCCCGAGAGCAUCGAAGAUGGCUCUCAGGAACAGAAUGGAAUGAAAACCCCAAAGACGACCCCUAUACUCCAGAUCGCUGGGACAACCUGAGAGACGAUCAGGAUCGAAGCACCAAGUGGAAUGAGGAUCCCAAGGAUGACCCCUAUGAGGUUGACCAGUGGGAUGACACCACCAACGAAGGAGAAGGUGGUCCAGAUGGACCCCUAUCCAAUGAUGAGUCCUUUGACUGGACCAUCAAAGCAAAAAUACCACCCCAGCCAUCACUUCGGAUCAGCAAUCAAACCCUUCAAGGGUUCUUGCACAAGAAGCUCACCACUCUAUUCCUUAACUCUGGCUUCUAUCAAGAGUUCCAGAAUUACACUGGAUGA